AUGACCAAGAACCUAAUUGCCUGGAAAAUUGAUCACUAUCACUAUAAUUUAUACUUUCAGAAACAGACGGGUGAGAUGAAACUACAACUUGAAAAUGUUAUCAAGGAAAAUGAAAGGCUACAUAGAGAAUUAAAAGAUGCUGUUGAAAAGCAAUUAGAGGGCUUGCCCUUUGACACAGAGAUGGGAAAUGAUAUGUAUGCAAAUGAUGAAACAGUCAGAAACCUUCGAGAACAAUUAGAACUAGUCCAUCAGGAAAAAACCCAGGCAGUGGAACUCUGGCAGACUGUAUCUCAGGAGCUGGAUAGAUUGCAGAAACUUUACCAGGAACAUAUGACUGAGGCCCAAAUUUAUGUAGUUGAAAGUCAAAAGCAAAAGGAUCAGUUGACUAAUUUUCAACAACUAACCAGGCAACUUCAUGCUACUAAUGAGAACGUAGAAAUGACCAACCAACAAUUUCUGAAAACAGUAACUGAACAAAAUGCGGAAAUUGAACAACUACGGAAACAAUUCAGACAAGCCAAGUUAGACCUCAGAGUUGCAUCAGCAAAAGUGGAAGAUUUAACCAAAGAGGCUGAAGAUCUUCAAGGACAAAUGCAAAAACAGGAGGAGGAUAUGGCGUCUGCCCAAGAAAGAGAGGAAGCCUCAGAUCGGCGCUUACAGCAGUUACAAUCUACUGUAAAACAACUGGAAACAAGAUUAUGUGUGACCAUGAAAGAAGCCAACCAAUUAAGAGAAGAGAAAACACAACUGGAAGAUCAGGGCAAAGAGUUUCAAGCAAAGUAUACUCAAUUAGAAAAUGAGAAAUAUGAAGUAAUUUCAAGAGCCAGAAAUACCAUACAACUCUUAGAAGAAGCAAACCUUCAAAAAAGUCAGGCCCUGCUUGAAGAGAAGCAGAAAGAAGAAGCCAUAGAGAAAAUGAAGGGAACGCUCUCUCAGUUUGUUCAGGAUGCUGCCUUCAGAACCAGGAAAGAAGUUGCAAACACAAAAAAACACUAUAAUAUGCAGAUUUCGAGACUAACAGAAGAAUGUUCAGCCCUUCAAAUGGAGUGUGCUGACAAACAAAGCCAAAUUGAACGAAUUAUUAGGGAGAAAAAAGCAUUGGAAGAAGAGCUAGAAAAGAUUCAUCGUGAAGGCAGAGGAAAUGAAAGUGAUUACAGAAAACUUGAAGAAAUGCACCAACGAUAUCUGGCUGCGGAGUGUUCAAAAGAUGAUCUUCAGUUAAGACUUAAGACAGCAGAAAAUAGAAUAAAGCAACUUAAAAUAACUUCCUCAGAAGAGCUAUCACGUUGCCAAGAAACGAUUCAGAAACUUCAAAACGUGCUGGAGUCUGAGAGAGAGAACUGUGCAUUUGUCAGUGAACAAAGGCUGAGUCUUCAGCAAGAAAAUGAACAGUUGCAGAAAGAGACUGAGAAUUUGAGAAAGAUUGCUCUGGAGGCUCAAAAGAAAGCCAAAUUAAAGAUCAGUGCAAUGGAACAUGAGAUUUCCAUAAAGGAACAUGGAUUUGAAGUUCAACUGCGAGAGAUGGAAGAGAGUAAUCAAAAUUCCACGGUUGAAUUAAGACAUCUCUUAGUAUCUCAACAGAAGGCAACCAAUAGGUGGAAAGAAGAAACGAAGAAACUUACAGAAAGUACAGAAAUGAGAAUCAGUAAUUUAAAGAGUGAGCUGAGUCGACAGAAACUUCAUACCCAAGAGCUGCUUUCGCAGCUGGAAGCGGCAAAUGAAAAGGUAGUUGAGAAAGAAAAGUUAAUUCUAGAGUAUCAAGAAAAAGCCAACAGACUCCAGAGUCGUCUAACACAGGCCGAACAGAGAGCCGCUUCUGUGUCACAGCAGUUCCAUAUUCGAGAUUGGGAAAUUAAACAUCAGAAACAAGCAGCCUUGUUCUUCUUCAAAUUGACACCUUACUCUAGAGCUGUAUUGUCCAGUAUGGUUAAUAAUUUCAUUGAAUAUACUUUUACAUAUACUCAUAUCAAUCUAAAAUACCAUGUAAAUGGGAACCAGAGUAGAAAAUGCAGACUACCAGUUUGCACUCGGGAGUACAAACAGCAUAUAAAUGAGAUGACCGGGAUUGGGUCCUAG